UCAGUUUCCGCUUCAGUUUCGCUGCGGAGUUGGUCGCGUGCAGACGGUGCGCUUUUGCUGAGAAAAAACACACGACUUGCUGCCGAGAGUCUGGCCCUAUUUUCACUUUUUUUUUUUUGGUUUUCUGGCUACCCAUUUGGGUUCAGUUGGUCAGUGAGUCAGUGCGUCAGAGCGACCAGGAGUCGUCCGAUGGGCGAGCGGGAGCCGAAACCCCUUGCCCCACCCCCUGCGGCGGCAACCAAAUUAUUUAUAAAGGACAACAGCAACUAGUUGGGCAAGCGAAAAGGGACGCAAGCGUGGAAAAUCCAGGAGGAAAAACCAGGAAAGCGGAGAAAGCGCUGAAAGCGAGGCAAAACGCACGCUGCCAUAGGCGACACUUUGCGCUCUGCUGGCGUCGGUCGGCAUACGCAAAAUACGCAAAACAAAUACAAAUACGAAUACAAAUACGAAUACGAAUACGAGCACAAAUACAAUUUUUCGAAAUACAUUUUACGCGCGCGAGAAGAGGCACGAAAUUACGGCGAAAAGCUUUGGGCAAUCUCCGCAAGCCCCAAACACACGCCCACGCGCAGCCAGAACACCACGAUACGAUACUAUAUAAGAUACGCUGCAAAAUGGUGCAAGGCAAUGCAGAUGGCUCCGACUACAAGGAGCGGCUGAUAGCCAGCGUGAAGAAGGAGGUGAAGCAGCUGAUGGAGGAGGCGGUGACCAAGAAGUACGUCCACGAGGAGAGCAGCUCGGUCACCUCGUUGUGCGGCGCCGUGGAGGCCUGCUUAAGCCAGGGCCUCCGGCGGAGGGCGCUGGGUCUGUUCAAAACCUCCUCGACGACGGCGCUGCUGCACAAGAUCGCCAAGAGCUGCCCGGAGGCGGAGCACAUCAGCAAGCUGGUGCAGGAGAUCGAGGCCAGCGAUCCCAGCAAGCGCUCCUCCAGCAGCAGCGACAGUUUCCAGCGGCCGCCGAUGCUCAAGAAGAGCAGCAGCAACUCGAUGUCCACAGGCACCAACGCAGCGGCCAGCACGUCCUCCGCGUCCGCUUCCAUUAGCGUCAGUGCGAGCACCUCCAGCAUGUCCCUGGCCAGCAUGAAGUAUCUGUGGAUUCGGUUGGCUCUCUAUGAGAAGCGCCUGACCAAAAUCAUUGAGUAUCUGGUGAGCAAUGCCAGCAGCUUCUAUGAUCGGGACUCCCUGGUGGCCGAUUCGGACUACGGAUCCAUUCUCAGCUCCUUGCUGGUGGGUCCUUGUGCCCUGGAAUUCACGCGGGCCAAAACAGCCGAUCACUACUGGACCGAUCCGCACGCAGAUGAACUGGUGCAACGCCAUCGGAUCAGCUCGUGUCGCCGCUCCUCGUCGACGUGCUCGCGUCCGGCGAUCAUCAACUUCAAGAGGAGCCUGAACACAAGCUCCGACGAGGCGGGCACUGGAUCCUUCAAGUCGAUCGCCUCGGCUAGUGUGGCCAAGGACUACGUGGAGUCACUGCAUCAGAACGCGAAGGCCACGCUGCUCUACGGCAAGAACAAUGUGCAGGUGCUGCCCAAGGAUGUGGCGGAACCCAUGCCGGGAUACCUAAGCCUGCAUCAGCACAUCCAGACGCUGACCAUCAAGUGGACGCCCAACCAGUUGAUGAACGGCUACACCGAGGCGGAGGAGGCGGAGGACAUCGACAAGGACGCCUUUUGGGCCUACGCCUUGAACAUUAACGUGGACGAGAUUGUCUACGUCCACUGUCACCAGAGUCGCGGCGAGGACAGCGGCGGCACCGUAAUCCUGGUGGGACAGGACGGCGUCCAGCGGCCGCCCAUUCACUUUCCCGAAGGUGGACACAUGCAGCAGUUUCUCAGCUGCCUGGAGACAGGUCUCCUGCCACACGGCCAGCUAGAUCCGCCACUGUGGUCGCAGCGGGGCAUCGGCAAGAUGUUCCUGUGGCCCCGGAGCAUGCGACGCCGCAUCCUGCCCUCGGUCAUGGAGUCCGUGGACGAGACGCCCAUCGACUACGUCUUCCGCAUCGUCAGCAAGAGUCGCCACGAGGAGUUCGCUGCCACCCACUCCAUCCUGGACUUUGUGCGUAGCACUCCGCGGAGGGCGCAGCUGAGCAGCUGCUCCACCACCGGCAGCAGCGACUGCUCCAACAAGAGCCUCUCCAUCGACCAGUUCCCGAUGGAGUCGCCGCUGAUCCUCCAGCAGCAGCAGCAGCAACAGCAACAGCUGCUCCAGGCGCAGAGUACCAGCAUCGAGAUGGUCUGCUCCACGAUGCGCCGCCAGAUCAUCUCCAGGGCCUUCUACGGCUGGCUGGCCUACUGUCGCCACCUCUCCACGGUUCGCACCCACUUGUCCGGUCUGGUGCACGGGAGGAUUACGCCUGAGAUGAAAGCCGAUGAGGAGGGCCUGACAAAGGAGCGCUGGCAGCUUCUGAAUGUGAAUGGGGUGCUGGAGAACGCAACCGAGUUCUACCGCCUGGUCUAUUUCGGGGGCGUCCAGCCGGAGCUGCGGCAGGAGGUGUGGCCGUACCUCUUGGGCCACUACGCCUUCGGCUCCACAACGGAGGAUCGCAAGAAGCAGGACGAGACCUGCAAGCACUACUAUGAGACGACGAUGAGCGAGUGGCUGGCGGUGGACGCCAUUGUGCAGCAGAGAGAGAAGGAGAAGACAGCGCGGGCGGUGGCCAAGCUGAGUUCCGGCAGCAACUCCGGCAACGACAGAACCGUGCGGGCAGCCGAUCUCGAAGCCGGUGGCGAUCUAGAAAACGAGGUAUUCGAGGACAUAUCGGACAUUUCAGAUCCCGGCGAUCUGGAGUUCGAUGAGCAGCAGCAGCAGCAGCAGCAGCAGGCGGAGUGCGCGGUGAGUGGCAAUCACCUGACUGUGAAACCCAUUCCGAGAGCCAUGAAGACCAGCACGGAUUCGGGUCACGUGGACGAGAGCUUCAAUGAACUGGACGAACCGGAUGAGGAGGACAACAAGCAAAAGCAGCAGCAGGAUGAAAAGAUUUCGGAGUCGGAGAGCAAGCUACCGGACUACCGGAAGCUGGAGGAACAGAUCAAUCAGGAGCCCAGCUGCUCGGCAUCCACAGCUUCCUCGUACGAGACAGUGGGACCCGGCGAGGUGCAUCAACGCCCGAACAGCGACACGCGCAGUGUUCUCAGCCCGGAGUACUUGAGUGCCGACGAUCUCCAGCUGCCGGACGAUGAAGAUGCAGUGAGGCCGCCACCACCACCAGCCGCCGCAGCUGUCAUCAUUACCAAGGCAUCGGUGGACAUUACCAACUGGGAGCGCAGUCCGAAGGCGGCAGAGGGCGACCAGAUGUCGCCCCUUGAGGAGCAGGCUGGAGAAUCCGGCGGAGCAGGCGUCAAUAUGGAUGCCCUACAGCAGCCGAAGUCCGCUUGCGCCUCGCCAGCCAGCUCCAAUGGAGGUGUCUACAGUAGCGAACUCCUGGAGCAGUUUGGUCUGAAUCUGCAUCGGAUCGAGAAGGACGUGCAGAGGUGCGACAGGAACUACUGGUACUUCGCCAACGAGAACCUGGACAAGCUGCGCAACGUGAUCUCCACGUACGUGUGGGAGCACCUGGACGUGGGCUACAUGCAGGGCAUGUGCGACCUGGUGGCUCCCCUCCUGGUCAUCUUCGACGACGAAUCGCUCAGCUACAGCUGCUUCUGCAAGCUCAUGGAGCGCAUGAUCGAGAACUUUCCCAGCGGCGGGGCCAUGGACAUGCACUUUGCGAACAUGAGGUCCCUCAUCCAGAUCCUCGACUCGGAGAUGUACGAUCUGAUGGACUCGAACGGCGACUACACGCACUUCUACUUCUGCUACAGAUGGUUCCUGCUGGACUUCAAGAGGGAGCUCGUCUACGACGACGUCUUCGCCACGUGGGAGGUGAUCUGGGCGGCCAAGCACAUCGCCUCCGGCCACUUCGUACUCUUCCUGGCCCUUGCCCUGCUGGAGACCUAUCGCGACAUCAUUCUCUCGAACAGCAUGGACUUCACCGAUGUCAUCAAGUUCUUCAAUGAAAUGGCCGAACGCCACAAUGCCCAAUCGGUGCUCCAAUUGGCCCGGAGUUUGGUUCUCCAACUGCAGAUGAUCAUCGAGAACAAGUAGAGAAAUGGAUGGGCAGAACCCAGCCGUAUAUGUAGCUACAUAGAGCGUUAUUAUAGAAUCUAGAUUCAGUAGUUCAGUCAAAUUUCGUUUGCCAAAUAACACAGAAACGCACUAUGAAAACGCAGACUAACAAACAAACAAUAAGUAAUAAGUAUGUGUCGAUCGAUGUCUUCGCUAUAAAGUAUUCAAAUUAGAUUUGUAUGCGACCAGAAACCACUGAACCUGAACCACUAAUCCUGUAACUGUAAUCCUAAUGGUAACUUAACCAUAGUAGGUCUAGUAAGUUCUUCCCAAACUCCUCAAGCAUAUCCCCAAAGUAAAGGAAACCAGAAAACAGGGGCAGCAAAUGCAUAAGACUCUGAUUAAAAGAAUGAAAUCAUAUAUGAAAUCUAAAACCUUAUACAACUGUAUAGACAUCUGUUACUCACACUUUGCACUCGAACAAUUUGUUUUCAGUGCAUUGGUAUACAUACGCGAAAAACAUAUAGUACAUAUGUACAUAUAGUAUGUUUUAUUAUGUAGAGAAAAUCAGGAGGGUGCAAUGUAUUUAUCACGUUAUAUCAAAGGUUCGCCCUAGUUUAUCAAUAUACACAACAAAAAAAUUGAAUUGAAGGAAAAUAUACAUUUUACCUAACUUGAAACUUUCAAUAUUAAGUAUUAGAAAACGUUGGACUGAGUGGUUGGUUAGAUGUCUAUGUCUUCAACGCUCUAUUGUAUGUAUAUUAUCAAAAUUUCAAGUUCUUAUAUUAUGACACUGACCAGAAAAAUUUGCAACAAAAAAAAAAAGAAAAAAAGCCUAAUAAUAUUUUAAAGGGGCUGUAUUUGCAAUCGCACAUCACACAAAAAAACGCAUGCAUCAAAUUAUAAAUUACAAUUCGUUGCAAAGUAAACUCAGUACCAGCGAAAAAUAUCCAAUUGUGUGUAACAAUCAAGUCAACAAUAAGUCAAGUACACCUAAACUACCAUAUAUACAUACAUAUGUAUCUGUAUGUACAUAUAUGGGCGGCAUAUCGUCCGAUCUUAUGUGUCUACUAUAUCUACAUAUAUUAUGCGCUGCCAAGCCAAGCCAAAUCAAGUUCCCAGUUUUAUUUAAUUGUAUUUUAUUUUUAUAUACGUAUAUUUACAAAGCGUACGAAUAACUAUUUCCCCCACUGUGUGAUCUCUCUCUCUACACCGAGUAUAAAUGUUGUGGAUUAUCUUUAUACCCUAAUUUAUACUCUUUGUAAAUGUACCUUUUCCCGGCCAAAGAGGAGGUGGAUGACACCUUGGCUCCACUUUAUCUCAAUUAAAAAAAAAAAAACCACAUAUAUACGUGUGUGUAUAUACAUACAUACGUCUGUGUAUAUAUACACGCCCACGCAAAUUGUAUAUGAAUAUAUAUAUAUACAUAUAUAUAGUUAAAAUGUAUACAAGUACAAAGCAAAAGACGUCGGUAUGUUUGAAUCGGAAUUAAUAAAUACACAUACGAUAUAUACCU